AUGGGCGUCCCUAAGUUUUAUCGAUGGAUAUCAGAAAGAUAUCCAUGUUUGAGCGAGGUUAUAAGCGAGCAACAGGUCAAUUUUUUAAAUAUUUGCUGGACGUUUUUGAAACUUUCAGAUUCCUGAAUUCGACAAUCUUUACUUGGAUAUGAACGGGAUUAUCCAUAAUUGUUCGCAUCCGAAUGACGACGACAUCACUUUCAGAAUCACCGAGGAACAAAUUUUUCUUGAUAUUUUCAAGUACAUAGAGGUACUGAUGGGAAUGAAACUGGUAAUAUAUCUGAAUUUAGAAAUUGUAUCGAAUAAUUAAGCCGAAAAAAGUGUUUUUCAUGGCUAUUGACGGAGUCGCACCUCGCGCAAAGAUGAACCAACAGCGAGCACGUCGUUUUAUGUCGGUGUUUAAAUAGCGAAAUUUUAAAAAUUUUUUCGUGUAAUGAAAAAAUGUUUGCUUUGAAAUUUGUUUCCAGGUCUGCGAGGACAGCAACUGAACAGAUGGCAAAAGCAGUUCGCGAAGGAGCUCCAAUUCCGACCGAAAAACGUUUUGAUUCGAAUUGUAUCACGCCAGGUAGGUGUACAGCCGGGCUCAGUCCAAUCCCGACUUCAGGUACUUAUUUCAUGACCAAGUUACACAAAAAACUGAUCCAAUGGGUCGAGAACAAGAUCAACGAAGAUCCCAUGUGGCAAGGCCGCAGAAUUUACCUCUCUGGUCACGACGUUCGUUUCGACCUUUGAAAUGAUACAUUCCAAUUUCUCAUUCAGUGUCCUGGAGAAGGUGAGCACAAAAUAAUGGAUUUCAUCCGCUCUGAACGCGCCUUGAACAGCUACGACCCCAACACACGACAUUGUAUGUACGGUCUCGACGCAGACUUGGUAUGAUCCCAGCGAAAACCUUUAAUGAAUAGUUCGCUCAGAUCAUGUUGGGAAUGUGCUCCCAUGAACCUCAUUUUUCCCUGCUCCGCGAAGAAGUAAAGUUCAAUCGGCCGCCUCGCAAGGGCCAGGAGCAGAAGAAAAAAAAUAUACCCAAGUAGGAAUUUAGUUCAGGAUUUUCACUUUUCGAUAUUAUUAGGGGAGAAGUAAUCAGAAAAAAAAAAAUUUAUUCUCAUUCAAAGUUUUUUCUUUCUAGAGAACCUUGAGACAAUAGAUAGACUGUCCAAGCGUCGGCCUAUCAUCUUCUCUUUUAAAGUUUUUUGAUUCACUUUUUUACGUCCAAAUGUUUCAAUUUCGAUAAUACAUAAUGAUGCACUUUCAACAUACCUCUUCAGGCCGGACUCCUCGGAGACAACUUUCCACUUACUCCAUUUGUCACUUCUACGGGAAUAUCUUUCCUGGGAAUUCCAUUCAGUCAAGGUUAUCGGUAUACCGCUAAGUCGAUGCAAAUUUUUUUGACUCGAUUCAUCGAAUAAGUUCAUUAAAAAAAUAAUUAGCCGUUUUUCAUUUCAAAUAAAUAUAACUACUAAAAAAGGAUCGAAUGUUUAAAGAAACGAUAAAAGUAUGAGAUCAACGGAUCUCCCUAAACUCAGAAAUCUUAGGAGUCGAUUCCGUUCGAAUACGACAUGGAGCGAGUGAUCGACGACUGGGUUUUGAUGGGUUACCUCGUAGGAAACGAUUUUUUGCCCCAUUUGCCUCACGUUCACAUCCACGAAGACGCUUUGCCUUUGCUUUAUUCGACGUACAAAAAAGUUCUGCCUACUUUAGACGGUUCUUUUUUGUUGAGAGGCAGCUCAGUCUGUCUUUUUCUUUUCAGGGUACUUAAAUGAAGCUGGUGUUUUGAAUCUCAAACGUUUCCAGCAGUUUUUAAAGGUUCUUUCGAAAGAUUUCACUCCUUACAUUUUGUUUUUUUCUACAGCAACUUGCAACUAACGAUAAGAACAGUUUCUUGAACACGAUGGAAGACGAAAAUUUUAUGAAAUCAAAGAAAACACCCAAGGUUCAAACUCUUUUCCACGUAUUGGAUGGUUUUUCCAAGUUUCAGAGUGACGACUCAGAUUUAAUACCUUUUGCCGAGGUGGAGGAAGACGGCGAGGCUUUGGAACCUUCAGAAGAGCCGUCGGAUGAGCUGGAUGACGAAGAAUGCUCAGAUGCGGCUUUCGUGAGCAGCGACGAGGAGAAUGACGGCCCUUCCAAACAGGUUCAGAACGGAGUUGAGAAAGAGAAAAAAAUGUUAUCUUGCCUAGAGCGACGAUAUAUCCUCCGAAGAGCUGAGAAAUAUGCAAGGUUGGACGAGAGUCUGUAGUUUCACUAGAUUUGAUGCUCCAGGGCUCUAUGACCCUAUAGAAGACGAAUUCGCCGAAGCCUUGGCGCUUUCUGAGUUUGCCGCUAUGGAUGACAAGGCCUUUGAGAACAACGCCGAGGCUUGCUGGACCAAGGCGAUAAACAACUCCUUCAAGAGACACAAGAAGCUUUACUACGCCGAGAAGCUCAAGUCAGUUAAUCUAGGCAUUUCUGUAGAAGUUGAACUUCAUAAAAAAGUUAGAAAAAAGAAAUUUUCAAAAAAAAUUUUGGUUUUGAUGAAACUACAUCCAGUGUGAUAGCCCAUCAUCAGAAAUGCGGAGACAGCUUUUUAAGCCAUUUCCUCUUACUGUAGCCGGGUUAUGCUAGGCAGGUGGGCACCUGCGCAUCUAAGUAUUGAAGAGUUUUUAAUAGACAUGUUCUGUAUCGACCGUAAGGUAAUGCAGUUUCAAGGACUUCCGCAGUACAAGGGGACUGGAUGAAUUUUACGAAUUUUUUCCGUUUUGAGGUACAAGAACAUAAGCAAGGAUCAGCUGAAAGAUCAGGCUGAAGGUUAUAUCAGGGCGAUUCAAUGGAACCUCCACUACUACUACCACGGAUGUGCUUCUUGGAGUUGGUUAGUGUUUUCGGAAGGCUGUUUGUCGGCCAAUCCUGCGAUCUCCAGGUUCUACCCUCACCACUACGCUCCCUACAUAUCCGAUGUCAUCGACUUCUGUGAUAUGGACCUCACUUUCGAUCUUUCCAAACCUUUCCAUCCUUUUGAGCAAUUAUUGGCCGUUUUGCCUGCGGCGAGCGCCGACUGUCUUCCGCCACCUCUUCGGGUACGUUUUUCAUUGUUAAAAAGGCUCUCUCAAGAGUUAAUUUUCGAAAAACCUCUUACUGCAUUAAAAAUCUUCACCGGAAAUCAAAAUACAUUUUUUCACUGUUCUUCGGCAAUUUUUUUGUUUUCCCUCAAUCAGAUUGACUGAAUCCUGCAGGAGCUGAUGUGUGAUUCGGGAUCGCCGAUUUCCGACUUCUACCCGACCGACUUCCAGACGGACCUCAACGGAAAGCGUAACGACUGGGAAGCCGUCGUUUUGAUUCCUUUCAUCGACGAGAAACGAUUACUCGAUGCAAUGCAAACAAAGGUUCUAGCAAAGACGCGAAUUCACUCGAGUUUUUCGAUAAGUACUUUUCUAACCACUAGAAUGGCUGAGAAAUAAUUUUUAUUCAACUUCUGGCUUCUAUUUAAAGUUUGAAGUUUGCUCAAGAUUUGUACAAAAGGUUUUUUUAUUUUUAUUCUGUUUUUUUAUUCUCAUUUAUUAACUUUGAUUUAGGCAUUGAAAGUCUGAAAAUUAAAAAUUUCUUGAAAUUUGGAGUAAUCCCAGCAUCAGCUUGAAACUUUUGCUUAUAACUUUAGGAAUGCCAGGCUUUCGGGUUCGUCUUUUCUCAGUUUCACCUCUUUACUUUUGCCAAAAAGUGUUAUUGUAUCUUUCUUUUAUUGAUCAGAGGAAGUUUCAGAUGAGAAGACUGACGGCGGAGGAGCUCUCCCGAAACGAACACGGUGGUCACCAACUGUUCGAGACUCUCGAACAGAGCGACUCCGGGAAGCUUGUCAAGUCCGGAAAACGCGGUUUCAGAAGUUGAAAUGCAAUUUCAGACACACUGUUCUCGACAAAGGAACCUUUUGUCUGGAGCGAAGCCGCGUCGUCUGGGGCUUGUUGCCCAACGUAAAGCUCGACGUCUACUUCCCUGGCUUCCCGACUAUGAAGCAUUUGAGACAUCGAGGAGCGCUCAAACGUGUCGACGUCAGCGUCUUCGGCAUGCCUUCGAGGAAAGAGUCGAUGGUCUUGACGGUUGUCCAGGAAGAAGAUGUCGCAAAUGUAUGGUUACCAUUAUCUUUUAUUAUAGGAGAUUUUCAUCUUUUAUAAUCGAUUUAAUAUUAAGACAUUUUGAACAUUUUUUCUUUUAUGAAAGAAAAAGAAAAUUUUCCGAGGAAAUGAAUGUGGAGAGAAACCAAGGACAGCUCUCAAAAUAUUUAUCUAACAAACUAGUUUUUUAACCUUGCAAUCUGCUCUUACCCGAAUAAAUACUCUCAGCCGUGCUUGACGAAGAUUUCUUAUUUAGGACUUACUCGUCUUGGCUUCGGAGAUGCUCAGCGAGGAAGUUUGCAUCGACUGGCCCAUUCUGAAGGUUGAAAACAUUUUUAAUUUCAAAAGAAACAUCAGCUUUUCAGAUAGGUAAAGUUGAUGCGAUUUGUGGGGAUGGAAAGCGCUACGAGCGGGGAGAAGAGGCCGAUACAGUUGUUCAAAGUGACCAGAAGCUCGAAGAAGUUGAAGCGACAAACAGAUUCGCGUCGGCGAUUCGUGAGAAGUGUGUAUCUAUGAAAACGUCAUCAUUUGAAAUAGAAAAGAAAGUCUCGACGGAUAAAAAAAUGUAGAGGACUUUGAAUUUUUCAAUCGACUGCUCAAUGUCCCUCUAACAUGGAGGAGGGCUGAAAUUGAAUAUUAUAUUAUUUCUGCUCAGCCAUUCAUAUAUUUCCUUUUGAAAGAAAUUUAAAAAUCAGGCUGAUGUCGCGGUACGCGAUCGAGGCACCAUCGGCUAACGUCGUCGUGUGGGUGCGGCGACUGAUAGGAUUGACGCGCAGCGUGCAGCUGGACGAGCAGGGCUUCCACGUCCUACGGUGCUCGCGACAGUACGCGUCGCGCUCCGAAGCCGUGCCAGUUCUCCUGCCAAUGAUCGCCAGGGUUCCCACAGCUCUCUCUAAUGAAUAUCUGAAUAGUGUGUCUGUAGAAUGUGCUGCUCGAGGGCGGAACUCAGCUGGCAGAUCUUCCUGUCGACGUCGCCUAUCCGCGCAAAUCUUUCGUACAUCUUGAGGCAUCAAUCUAUGUUCUUGUUUCAUUCUUCAGGCUUGGGUUUUGGACGAAAAAAGUCCAGCGUUUGGGUCGCCAUCGAUGGUAGUUGACUACAUCAACCUUGGAAAACCAAAUUGUCUGUCGAUUUUUCUUUUCAAAGAAAAAUCUUUUUUUGCAGGCCGUGUGAAGCUCAUAGCAAAUGUGAUGCAGCCAAUGUUGGACCACGAAGAUCUGCUUCGGAAGUACGAACAAUUGUCUGUGUCUUGGUACACAGCCUGGCAAGCGGCGCAGCUGUGUAACUGUAGGAAAUACUAUUUAGUCAUCUGUAAGUGCCGUGAGUUUUUCAGUGAAGCCUGGUGUUUUCUCCCGAAUCACUGGCACCGUCUUCCUAUGGAAAGAGUCGCGAGAAAAGGUCGAGAAAGGCGCUCAGCAAUCGAGGGAAUCAAAGAUCAACAUCGGCCUCGGGAUGAAGUUCAGCAGGCGAAACCUCGAGGUGGAAAGGGAGAAUAUUUCGAUCGAGAUAAUUCUCGGUCUCUUGUAGGUAGCAGAUAUGACGAAGCGAGAGGAAGGGUCCUUCAGCUGGCAGUAUUCGAAUCUCGUUGUGAAAAUCAUGCGCAAUUAUAGGGAGCUGUGGGGAAAUUCGUCCUGACAUCGGCUAUUUCUCUUUUUACAGUUUCCCGGAUCUGUUCAGUUUCCUACAAAACUCCAACGAUGAAAACGACGUCUACUAUGCUGAAGACAUUUGGCAUGGCGUCAAGGCUCAGGUUUUCUCAAUUCUUCAACUCUCCAAAAGGAUUUGUUAUGUAGUCUCGAUGUGAGAAACUCGAAGAUUUUCUCAACAAUCUUCCCGAUGUCGACUUGAUCCCUUGUGGCACCAAAUAUGCUGACAGAUUCAUCGUCGGUUCGUUCUGCAUUCGAGGAAUAUUCUAUUUAUCAUUGCUCACAGAACAAGUUACGAAGAAAGUGAGCAACUACUCCCCAAAGGCGUUCAUGAAGCAAGUCGAAGUUGAUCCUGCAAAUCUGUACACCGUCAGUUUUUGAGAUAUUAAUCUCGAAAUUACUCAUUCUUAGUGCUCUCUAUACUCUGUUAUUUUUCAGGAUCGUCUGAGCGAUGGGAAAACAAAACCAGACGCCGAGGCCGACUUCCAGCUGCUUGAUCGCGUCGUCUGCAUCGAUUCUAAAUUCGUAAGGCGAUUCAUUUUGGACAUUAAAACUUUUCGGUUUAAAGAACAUCAAAGGGGCGAUUCCUGGAACUGUGAUCGGACUGUAUGAAAGUAAAGUGGACGUCAUUUUCGACAAAGAGUGCACAGGCGGAGUUAGCAUCAGGUGAGCAUCAAAACUUGGUCACGAAAAGUAAAAUUUCCAGAAGCUCGCAAAAGAGCGGCUUCCGUUUGCCGAUCACCAGCCUUUUGAACCUAACGUUCGCUUUGGAAAGGAAGAACAAGAAACCGAAAAAGGCUAAACAAACUAAGGCGAAAAACAUCAAAGAAAGGGUCUCUCAAUUCGGUUUUUCAAUAAAGAUUCAUAAUUUCUUAAGGAAACCUCGAAAAAUGGCAAGGCUGACCAAAAAAUGGAUCCGAAGCCGACGGGACCUUAUGUGGAGUGGAAGCCGAAGAAGAAGUACGAAAAGAAUAAUGGAGAUCUGAAAGGUGACUAGAGAAGUUGUGAAUUCUGCUGGAGAAAAAUCUUUCAGAAUCGAGAAACGAUCAGACUGCGCAAGGAUCUUCUGCCUCUAGAAAUACGGCCGAUGCGCUCAAGGCGCUGGGAAUCAACGUGUCGAAGAAGGAGCAGAGAAACGAUCCCCCACAAUACACUGUUUUUUUUUUGUUCAAAAAUUAGUUUUUGAAUAUAUUUUCAGAUCAAAGAGAAGCCGAAAUCGGAAGAUCCGCCUGUAGUGCCAUGGAAGCCCAAGCGAGUGAAAAUGCCGAAAAAUGUAAGAUUUCAAUUUCAGUGGGACUCUAAAACCUUCAAAAGAAAUUCUUCAUUUGAAGAGCAAUUUUUGCACGGAAUCUUCAGGCGGUCUCUUCAAGUGGAUCAAUUUUCAGGGGAACGUGUUGGAUUUGCUGGGAGCGAUGGAGCCUCCGCCAAGAUCAGCUGGACCUUUCACUCUGCAGCGACUGUUUCCUUCAUCUUCCGAAGUGAAUUAAUGUCUUAAAGUGUUUUUUUAAUUGUUUCUUUUAAGUCUGAAGAAGACCAACCGGAGCCAGCCGCGACUGGUUCGAAAAAAGAAGGUUUCUUUUCAUAAUUUUAUAUUUUUACUGAUUUCCAAAAAGGAAGUUUUUCAAACCGUUUUCGAUAAUCUCAGGAGAGGAAUUUGUAGCUUCUCAUAAGAAUCCUGACAAAAUGAAACAAUUUUUUAUUUUUAUUUUCCACUGUAGCAGAAUUCCUAACAACAACAAAAAGUUUGGCCCUUGAAAAAAGCGCUGAAUUUCAUUUUCGGAUACUCUCGCUCGUAGUCCGUAGAAAGUUUAGAUUCUUUUCCACGCAUUCAAUUUAAAUAUCUUUCGCGUUGAGUUCAAAUCUUUUUCUCAGAUUUUUAUUAUUUUCUAGUGACUCCGGAGAAGAAGGAAGAUCCCGUCGGUCAACUUGCCGAGAACUUCGAACGCGUUUAUUCUUCUCGUAAUAACGCAUCCAAUGCAUCUGAAAGUCAGAAAAACCAGAUAAGGCGUCAGUUUUUUGAACACUAUGCAGAACACUUUUUCAUUAUUGAAGAAAAUAUUAAUGAAAAAAAGUUCACUCCAACAGAUUCAGUCAAAUUGUUUCUAUCAGAAACACGAUUCACGACCAGUCGUCCACAAAAAUCUUGUUUGAAGAGCGAAUUUCCAGAGGAAGUGCUGCCUUUCAUGCCCUCAGUGCCUCCUCCGCAGUUCUUCAUGCAAAACCGCCCUCCGCCACUCGGCAUGCCUCCGCCGCCGUUCAUGAUGCCCAUGGGGCCUCCUCCUCCCUUAGGAAGUCACUUCGGCUCUUUGCCCCUAAAGUGGUCUCUCAGUUGAAGACUUGCGUUACCCAUUCUUUCAGCGCCUUCCCGCCGCAGCUCAACAAUCCGCACCAAGGUGACCCUCGACUCACGGACUUCAAACCUAGAGCUGUAAGAUCAUUGCAGGAACUUAUUCAAAUUUUCGACUUGAUUUUUAGUUGACUAAGCCUUUGAAACUGAAAAAAGGCUCCCAGCAUCGCCCUCCAGCAGCCAAGGAAAAUCAUCCCAUUCCACACAAUCAGCAGGUUAUUCAUCUACAUUUUUUGAGUUUAUUCAGAGAAAAUUGGUUGCCACAAAACUGUCGUAAAUCAUUUCGCGUUCUAAAGACGGAUUUAAUGUUAGUAAGUUUUAAAAGAAAGAGAAUUAUCAGUUUUUUUACUGACUUCUUUUUUUUUGUUCGGCUUUUACUGUUCUCUUGGUUAGUCAGUCUUGUUGUCAUAAUGUGACAUAUCGAACAUAUGCACAAAGAGCUCUAAUACGCCUGACAGUCUGUAGGUCUGCUGUUUUGCGAGGACGGCGCAAUGUUAGACGACAGUCUUAACUACUGCAAAAGUUACGUUUCUUUUUUUCCAUUCCAUCUCUGAAGUAUCCCCGAGAGAUGCUUGAAAGUUUUAUUAUUAUCUGAUUUGAAUUUCUAACCUGCUAGAAGUAGAAAUAAAUUCACGAACUUCCAGGAUGAGUCCGGGAAAAGCAAAACGAGCGAAGAAGUUUCUGCGAAGUCGAAAAGACCGAGAAAGAAGGCUUCACGUCUCGCGAUGAACUUCGUUUCUUAA